AUGGCUGGAUCGGUCGUCAUCUCCACACUCCUCCUCCUCCUCCUCCUUAGCCACAAGCAGUACUCGAAGCUGCUCUACCGCAUCAUGCCGCGCCAUGUGGUCCAUCGUCUUCAAAACGGGCAGCAGGUGGUGGAAGUGUUCGACGAUGUCACGGUCUUCUUCUCCGACAUCGUUGGCUUCACGGACCUGGCGGGUCAGUCUUCUCCUCUCGAGGUCGUCGCUCUCCUCAACGACCUCUACACCAAGUUUGACAACCUCGUUGACAAGCACGGAGUCUGCAAGGUCGACACCAUCGGCGACGCCUACAUGGUAGUCGGUGGAGCUCCCGAUCGCUGUGAGCCGUCAGAGGCCGCCGCCAAGGUCGCCAAGUUCGCCUUGGACGCACUGGAGGAGAUGACGAGGAGCGGUCAUGCGAUUUCCAUGCGGGCAGGCAUGGCGUCGGGCCCUGUCGUUGCCGGCGUACUGGGAACGUCCGUCCCCAAGUACAGCAUCUUUGGGGACACUGUCAACACGGCGAGCAGGAUGGAGAGCACGGGGAAGGCCGGACUGCUGCAGGCGACAGAGCACACGCGGGACCUGCUGCUUGAGAGCUCGAGCAGGUUCGAGAUAGAGGAGCGGGUGCAUGCGAAUGGGCAGAAGGGGAUCAUGGUGAAGGGGAAGGGGAUCAUGAACACGUUCUGGGUCCGCUCAGUGUCGGAGGGAUCAUAG